AUGACGAUCACUAAUUGUUUCCAACAAAACUUGGAAGCAGAGCUCUUAACAGCAGACUUCCUUCAAUAUUAUUAUUAUUCCGAGUAUAAUAUUAAUUCCAACUUUUCCAACAGCUUUGUUGAUGAAUAUCAUUCAUGGUAUGACCCCUACGAUCUUCUAAACCUUGAAAAUCAUGAUCAUGAUACUACUACUGAUGAUCAUCUUCUUCUCCCACAUAAUAGUUUCUCUCUCACUGCCCCUGAUUUCAAUCCCUACCCCAACCCGAAACGCCAAAAAUGUUUCCAAGAUUGCUUCUACCCGGAUUUUACUCUUUCUAAUGGGUUUGUUCCAAAUUUGUGUCCGCUACCCUCGUUGAUGCCUGUCCCCAAGUUUUUUGCUACUCCACUUCCCAAAUACGAUCAACUUCCGGAGGAUAUAACUAAUAGCGCAGGAGCAAACAUUGAUCAUGGACACGAGAGUAUAACUAAUGUUGCUAAUAAGAAAAAAGUGGGUGAAAAAUGUGUGUCAGCUCAGAGUAUAGCGGCUAGAGAAAGGAGGAGGAAGAUCACAGAGAAGACUCAAGCGCUAGGGAAGCUUGUUCCUGGAGGAAGUAAGAUGAACACAGCUGAGAUGCUCACUGCUGCUUACAACUAUGUCAAGUACUUGCAGGCCCAAGUUGGGAUUCUUCAACUCAUGGGGUCAUUCAAGGAAUUGAAAGAAGCUCCUCCCAUUGAAGAGCUGCAAGUAGUUGCAUCUCCUGUUCUUCAAGAGAAGCUAUAUUUGGAGAAUAACUGCCUGGUCCCAAAGAAGUUUGUGGCGAUACUAGCAGAACACUUUGAUGCUCAAUCAAAGCCUUCACUCUCCAACAAUCUCAACCUACUGCUCACAUCUACAACUUGA